AUGGAGCACCAGCCAGAUCACGACUUGCUCGAGCCCCUGCGCACUUUAUACCCCGUCCUCCUUAUAUUACUCUUCAUCUGCGUCUCCGUGGUCGAAACUGUGGUUGCCGUGAGGAAGGAACAGAGGAAAGACACCGGCUCGGGCCCAGACAUAAAUUCAUGUCACCGACAAAACAGGAAUUCGAUAUCCGUCAAUAUGUACUUCUUGUGGCUCUCAAGUGGUGUUCUCAUGACAUACACUGUGGAUACGUUGACAUAUAUCAUACAUGUCAAAGUAGCCUGGUCGGAGCAUUGGUGGGGCGGAGAGUCCAUGGCGAUCUACCUCGUUUGCUCCGUUUUCUUCUACACAAUGGUCUUGAUGACUCUGCUCGAUGCUAAAUCACCAUCUAUAACUGUCUUCACGUGUUGGAUUGCUGCCCUACCCAUCGAACUCGGUAUUUUGGGUACCUCUUUGUCGCGUUAUACCUCAGUCCAUUUUGAGCCAGCCAUCGGAAAUUCGCACGGUGGUCCGGUUCGUUGGGGUGUCACCACCUGGGAACUUAUCGAAGUGGCCUUCAAUGGCCUUCGAAUUCUGCUUCUGCUUGCUUUAGCUCUACUAUACACUUGCAAGUGCUUCUCCUUUACAAGAUCAAAUGAUUUAGAGACCGCUUGGCUUCUGAUUCCCGAAUCGGAGAUUGGAAACUCAAAUAGUCACAGCCGUGUUGCAAAGAAUGGCAGUUUGUGGGAGUAUCUAAGCCUUUACUCACCUUUUUGGCCGUGCAUGUGGCCAUCCAAGUCAUACCGUCUUCAAUCUGUGGUGGCGGCCUGUACCUUCCUUGUUGUGCUCCAGAUAGGGGUCAAAGCGUUAUCCAAUUAUCAGCUUGGGGCUAUUACUACGGCUUUGAAAACCCAAGAAGGGGUAGAGAUCAUAAGGGUUCCAUGGCUUGAGGUCUCACUAUUUGCUUUUUAUUGUUACCUACCGGAUUUCUUGAACAUUCUGCGUUCCGCUCUCUGGAUACCAAUGAGCAUGUACAUUUAUCAGCAACUUUCGAUAACAGGGUUGGUACACGUCUAUUCUCUCGACUUGGAGUGGCAUCAGACCAGAAAGACGGGUGAAGUCGCAUCAGCUUUGAACAAAGGCAAAUCCAUCACGGAGUUCCUUGAACAAAUUUUGUUCGAAUUCCUUCCGGCAAUACUAAACUUGGUGUUCGCAAGUGGCUACUUCCUGGCUGCUUUUGAUGCCUAUUUUGCCCUCAUUGUUGGAGUAUUCUCUGUUGUCUUCUUUUCUGUCAUUGCGCGCAUGACCCAAUGGAAAGCAGAACCCAAGAGACGGACGACGAGGGCCACAAAGGAGGAAGAAAACAUAAAGGCCGAAUUGAUUGGUUCAUAUAAGCAUAUCAAGCAAUGCAAUGGGGAACAACGAGAAAUUGGCCGAUAUCGCCGCGCUUUGAGGCAUACUAAGAUAUCUCAGUCAGCUACAAAGAUUCUUGGAAUGGUGCAGAAUACCCUUCAAAGCAGCGUUUUGUCAGCUUUGUUUGCCUUCACAUGCUAUAUUGCCUUGUAUCAGUUCUCUAUUAGCCUGCGAUCUGUGGGCGAGUUCAUGCAAGUGAUUACGUAUGUAUCACAGCUCCUGAUUCCACUGAACUCCUUCGCACGGCUCUAUGACUCUUUCCAGACUGCUCUAAUCAAUGCCGAGCGCAUGUUGGAAAUUCUUCGAGCCGAACCAACGGUGGUCGACAGGCGCGUCGAUGUCCCAUCAGGCAUAUGUACCGGCAGUAUCAAGUUUGAGAAUGUCACAUACCAUCGGGAUAAACAGUGCAUCCUCGAAGGGCUCACAUUCGAUUGCGAACCGGGGACCACCACAGCCCUGGUGGGAGAAUCUGGCGGUGGUAAAUCCACGAUAUUUGAUCUCCUCUGUGGAUUUCUCAAAUUCCAAGGGAGGAUUACCAUCGAUGGGCAUGACAUCAUGGAUCAUGACUUUCGAAAGCACAUUGCCGUGGUGUCGCAAGAUCCUCCAUUGUUAAACCAGUCUAUCUGGGACAACAUGACUUUAGGUAAUGCUGGAGCUAGCAAUGAAGAGGUGACGGAGGCCUGCCGGUAUGCUACAAUUCUUGAAAAGAUCAACAAAUUACCGGGAGGCUACAAAGCCAUGGCUGGUCCUCAUGGCAAAAAUUUCAGCGGAGGUGAGAGGCAGCGUCUGGCACUGGCCCGGCUAUUUUUAAGCGGUUUGAGAGGCAAGAAUAUCCGAUUGUUGGAUGAGGCAACAUCCGCACUCGACCCUGUGACCGAAAGAUAUGUUCAAAAUUCUCUCACCGAAACCGAUUGUCACCAGACCACAAUGAUAAUCACACAUAGACUCAAAACCAUUAUGGGGGCACACUGCAUUCUUGUUUUGAAUCGAGGUAAAAUAGUGGAAAGAGGCACUCAUGGCGAACUCGUGGAUCUAGGUGGUCUUUAUGCAUCUAUGUGGCAGGCAGAGCGGGAGCCAUAUUUAUAA